UGUGGCACUUCAUUGCUAGGACAGAGUUUAUUGUGUUACUACGUAGGGCUUGAAGCACGGAUGCACUAUCAAAGAUUAUUUUAAUGGUAAACUCUCUGAUGUCACUGGCUGCAACCGCCUGGUCCGAUCUGGUAAUCCCAAUACAUUCUGCCUGGAAAAUUGUGCUUAGUUCGUCUAAAGUUGUAGAUAUUUUUCUAGGUCGUUCGAGAAGACACCUUGGAAGACACCAAGGCUUUAGUACCACUGUUGGUUUUGGAGCAUUCUGUGUAGAUCCUAACUGUCCCGUUCCAGAGUAAUUUGUCGUUUGAAUUAAAUAAUAUUAACCUUGUACGUUAGCACGGAACCCUUGGUGUAAGUCGGCCUUGUACUUGACAUGUUUUUGAUUGAUUGUGAGAUGCUAAGAUAAUUUUGUCAGUUACCUGAAUGUACAGAAUACUAUUCGUACUGGAUACUAGGUAUUCUACGGAGCAUCUGUUUGAUAGACGAGUUUCGAUGACCAGUUGCGCGUGAUAAAGUUUCAAUAGAGUAGUACGAGGGCUAGUCAUGCGUGUUAUAGUUUGAAUAGUGUCCGAAAGUUUGCCAGAGGCCGGCAGGUUGGCAAUGCCGAUGUUCAUGUGACGACGAGAGCGGCCGACGACGCAUGCGCGCGCAUGGGCGACCUUCCCGCGUCCUUACCGGCAGUUGUAGGUUGCCGGAGUGCCGGUCGUCCACGCUACACCGCACGAAACAUCGCCACAUACUUUCGCUUUCGUUCGAUUUAUCGGGACACGAUAGUUCGACGCGUAUCGGUGAAGUGUUGGUGAUGUGUUUAACAUCGAACUAGUUAGUGGAUUUGGGCAGACGUCGCUGUUUAAAGAUAGAUGACUGUUUAUAGCAAAUUGAUAAGAAAAGUGGAAUAACAAUAAGACGCAGAUGAGCAGUGACCGCGCCGCCUCGCAGUGCGGUCUGACGUCGCUGCUGCCGAUGUCGUGCCGCGGCCGCGCAGCGGCGUUCGCUCGAGACUUACACUCGCGUCUACGAAACCUUGGGGCCUCACAGGACGACGAGUGCGAGAGCAGCUGGUUGGCGCGUGAUAACACGCGACCGACUACCGCAGGACAACGCGACCACGACACUUUCUACGACUUCGAGCUAGAAUGCGAGAGCCCCUCUAGUCCUGUUGAUGAGUUCGAUCCACCUUUUCCCGAACGCUCGCCCACCGAUGAUCAGGAACCACCGUUCUACGAUGUCGACUCAGGCCCUGAAGUUAAAGAACAAGCCAAGCUCAUGCUAAAACAACCAGACAAACCAAGAAAUGGUUUUAAAUUUUCCACUGCAUUCUUUACAGAAUGUACCCCUGUCAAACUACAACCGGCUCCGCGAGAAAAUGGCCACGCUGAUAAACCUUUGUAUUCACCGAUCACAUUUGAAGGAUGUGCACGACAAAAUAGCCUCGAUGAAGUUGAUUAUGUCUCACCACCAUCGAUACCAGUUGAAGCAGAAAGAUUAAGUUUGCCAUUAAAUUGUAGCUCAACAUUGGACAGUGAUUCGGAAUUCGAAUCUGCUAAAAGUGACCCUUCCGAGGGCGUGGAUGAAGUUUUACUAAAUGAAAGUCGCAUAGAUAAUGAUGUCACUGACUGUAUAGAAAAUUCAUCUCUCACAGAAGUGGAAAUUCCUAUCGAAGAAGAGACACCAGCUGAAUUAAUUGAAAAACCAUUCACAGAACUUAAUGGAGAUAUAAAAGAGCCUUUAGAAAUCGUUACCAGUGAAAUUCCCGCCGACAAAGAAGUUUCCGCUGAGCCUGAAACAGAAACUAAACUUUCAAAAGCAGAAAAUGAGAAACAUGAUGAAGAAUAUGACAGACCACAGCGAGUUCGGCGUUGCUCUUCUCUUAAAACAGGAAAAACGCCACCAGGCACACCUGGUCGCAAAAAAAUUGUUCGAUUCGCAGAUGUUUUGGGUCUUGAUUUAGCAGAUGUUAAAACUUUCAUGGAUGAAAUACCAGUUAUUCCAAAAUCGGCUUACGAUGAUCUUACAGGUUGCGAUUUCCAAAAUUCUCCUCCAGUGCGAAAUGCUCCACGAUUUGGUGCUCUAACACUGGUCCCUCUAUUUCAAAUUUCACCAAAUUUUACAGAAAAGCUUGAAAAGUUAAGUGUUUGCUUAGAAAGUGCACGGGUUUGCGAUGGCGUGCACGUCACCGUAUGUGGUUCAGUCAGAGUGCGCAAUUUGGACUUCCACAAAACUGUACACGUACGGUACACUAUGAACGGUUGGAAAACCUAUACAGACUUACAAACGACUUACGUUCAGGGUUCAUGUGACGGAUAUUCGGACCGUUUCCAAUUCGUGCUGUAUGCACCGAGCAUAACGUCAGGACAGCGACUAGAAUUAGCAGUGCGAUUCCAAUGCAAGGGACAGCAGUUUUGGGACAAUAACAGUGGAGCUAAUUACAGUUUUGAUUGUUUGGCAUUAGGUGCGUCUGGCCAAUCAUCUUCACCUCCCGGACCGCUUCAUCCGACAGUCGAUUGGCACCCGUCGUUCUACUGACAUGGUACAGGAUCACCGGAUAGGUGAAGGCGGUAACAGAGGCGAGGUUCCCAGCAGCAGCCCGGCCGGGCGCAGCCCCAGCGCCCGCCACUGGUGACAUUCCUGUGCCUGUUUGUAAUGAUCAGGAGAGCGGACAAGAAAAUCUGGCUAAUGAUGCUUGAAGAUGGAAAGCGUUUUUGUGAUAUAAACUAGUUUAGUCGUAGAUUAAUACUACAACGAGCUAGUGACUUUGAGUUCUGAGUGCCAUUUGCAAUAACGAAGUUUCGAUUUGUAACGCUACUGUAGACUACGGUAUUUUCGAAUUUUAGUUUAGUUAUGUGGCAGAACGUCCUAGAGGACAAUAAAGUUUGCCGAUACGGCGUGGUGUUACUGUGCUUGUGCCUACACAGAACGGGCUGCCAACAGUUCCCAUGUACGUAGGUAGAGAGGUAUGACAGAUGAAUUUUGAAUGAUAUUGAUAUUUUAAUAUGAAUUUACAAUCUAUUAGCUGUAUGUUAUUAUUAAUUUUAAAUUAUGUGCAGAUGCAUCACCUAUGUAGUUAAAAGGUUUUGAUCACAUAAUGAUUUUACGACUUAGGUAUUGUAGUCAUGUUCUUAAAGGCAUCACUUGUUAUCCAAUCCUCUGUUAGAUGGUUAUGAUGUUUUAUAUUAGAGAAUACCUUUAUAGGCGGUCGG